AGAAAAAAAGGCAGUGAAAAGCUUGCAGAAGCGGAAUAUCACAUUAAAGAAGUGUUUAAAAUCCUACAGGACGAAACAACAAGACUUCGCCAAGAGCAGGAAGCUGUCGACGCCAUAUCGAAGAAAUUGGAACGUGUUCACUUUUCUUCUACCGUAGAACUCAAUGUCGGAGGACACACCUUCACAACAAGCGUUCAAACGCUGACCAAGGAUCCAAACUCCAUGUUGGCUGCUAUGUUUUCAGGGAAAUUUGAAAUGAAGCCUGCUGAAGACGGCCCUUUCUUUAUCGAUCGAGACGGAACUCACUUCCGGUUUAUACUCAAUUAUCUCCGCACUGGAAGAUUAACUUUGCGAGAAGGAGCAACAUUUCUGAAAGAACUUGCAGAAGAAGCUGAGUUUUAUCAGAUCCAAGGAAUAAUCGACGAGAUGAAGUCCACUAAAACUGAAAUUCAAGCGGUUAGACCUUUGAACAAUCCUUUUGAAGUAUCGGACAUAUUAACAAAUGAAGAUCAUCGGCGGAUAUUGUUGAGUUGGUUGUCUGAGUUUCGCGGAAAGUGGCGUCUUCUGCACCGCGCUACUCGAGAUGGUUUCGAAGCCGCAAACUUUCACGCCAAUUGUGACGACAAAGGACCCACGGUUACCAUCGUAAAGAGUGGAAACAACGUUUUCGGAGGAUUUACAGAGGUGUCAUGGCAAAGUGGGCCAGAUCGAGGUUACACAUCAUGUACCAAGGCAUUCUUGUUCAGUUUGGACAAUCCACUAGGCCUGGAGCCAACUAAAAUGCCACUGAAGGAUUCAUACCAACAGCUUUCCGCCAUGAAAUGUCGCAGUGAUUAUGGACCAACGUUUGGCAACGGACACGAUCUCCAUAUCUCAGGACGCAGCGGUUCGAUUUAUCUUGACUGCUCUUAUGAAUGUCCUCCUGACCUAGGAGACCAACAGAGUAGAUUCUUUACGGGGAGUGGACGUUUCCAAAUAACAAAGUAUGAAGUGUUUGGGAUCCUUUGACUCAAACAUAACACUGGGAUAUACAAUAUAUAGGAGCUCUUUUAAAUGAAUACCUCAUUUUAUACUAUUCCAAUCAGAGAUUUUUUGAAAAAUGAGACUUUAAGGCAAUAGAAUGCUGGAGUAAAAUUCUUCAUUACCAGUGGAGUGUAUAUCAAUAUCUUGAAUGAAUGAAAAUCAAUUGGAACCCCACCAUACCACCAACUUGUUCAUCCCGGUAUUACAACCACUUUUUAUUUA